AUGAAGUUUCACACACUUCUGCUGUUUCUGUUCGUUUUUUGUGUUUUGAAGUGCACUGCAGCUGUCCCAAACGGAUGUGUCUUCAAUGAGGUUAUGAAGAUGAGCGGACCCCCUGUCUCUGUAGUAAGAGAGUUACCAAAGAAAGGGCAGGGUUCAUUGCAAGCGUACACUGCGUCCUCAUCUAAUGAAUGGGCGCCAAUACGCAUUGUUGUGUCGUCCGAAGACUUGAAUGAUCCAUCUAAGUACUGCGAUGAAAGUUUUCGUGUCAGACCAGAUUAUUGGUUGGGUAUUAAUACUAGCUGCAAUCCUCUUGAAGUUUUGACUGAUGCGAAGAAAAAAAGACUUCUAUCAGAGAUUCUUCCCGUGGCAAUCAAACUACACAGCGAUCGACUCCUCGUCCAUCGUGAGAGCAAACCGGUGGUGGUGCCUACAUUCACUUCUGAAAUAUGCUCUCGUUUCAGUGUUCCUAAUACCCACCGAACAGCGGGUGUAUCAGGUGCUGAUAUGGUGCUUUAUUUGGCCGCAACCCCGUCGAAUGUGUGGGCUGUCCCGUGUGCUGAGAAAGAAAAACGAACUAUUGUCGCAACUAUGAACGUCAGCCCAAGUUAUAUCGAAGAAAUUCAAGUUAUUUCACGUCUUGUUGCGCAUGAGUUGGGUCAUGCUCUUGGGUUCAACUAUAAUCAGUUUAUAACUCUUGGAAUGACAAAGGAAGUCCAAGGAAUACGCGGGAAGGAAACCAAUGUUCUUCUUAUUAAUACCUCUAUGACAAAGAAGAAAGCAGAGGAACACUAUAACUGUGCAAACAUUGAUGGUGUGGAACUGGAAGAGGGUGUCUCUGAGAUAUCACACUGGGGACGUCGCAACGCAAAGGAUGAACUCAUGGGUUUUCGAGAUGAUAACGGUAUCAUGCUAUAUACUGCACUAACAAUGGCAACAUUUGAAGAUAUGGGGGUAUUUAAGGCUAAUUGGGGAAUGGAAGAAACGAUGCGUUGGGGAAGAAACGCUGGGUGUGAAUUCCUUCAACAGAAGUGUAUGGUAGAUAACAUCACCAAAUAUCCCCAUAUGUUCUGUAAUACAACUAAUCCCCUUCGUUGCACAUCAGACCGUAGAGCUCUGGGAGUUUGUAACAUUGUCUCGAAUCUCGUAUCUCUUCCUGAACAAUUCCAGUAUUUCACGUCCAAUACAGUUGGUGGUCCAUCAUCUGAUGCAAUGGACCAUUGCCCUAUUGUUUCCUCAAAUCUUAUUUGCUCGAAAGAGAACACAGGUGAUACUUCAGCGUCGCUACUCGGCCGUGACUCGUGGUGCCUGGAUACUGAUUCGCUGAUUGUAAAAUACAAUGACGCCGAUGUAGAAAUGGGUGGUUUGUGUGUGGUGGUAAAAUGCGACGGUAACGAUGUAAGCGUUAAGUACAAGGGCAGCGAUUCAUGGCAAAAAUGCCAUGAAGGCGAAACCAUCACUCCAAAGGGUUCGAAAUUUGUCAGUGGGAGCAUAAUUUGCCCCAAGUAUAAUGAAGUAUGCACUGUUGCCCCCGACGGAGGUAGUUUGGCUAAAGCCACCUCAGGGGAUAAGACUGUGACAGAUACACUUUUUCUCCCUUUCAUAUCCCUUGUUGCUGCUAUGGUAAUUUUGUUAAUUUCUUGA